GUAGAAGGAGUAGCAUACCUAAGUUCUUUUCUGUGGAAAUCACAAGAUUUGGGACUUUGGAGCAGACCUCGAGGAGAGAACCUGCUCGAUAGUGGUGCACCUUUUUAUGAAACCUACAAGACCUCUGAUGGAAAAUUCAUGGCUGUUGGUGCCAUUGAGCCUAAAUUCUAUGAGCAGUUAAUAAAGGGUCUUGGGCUAGAUUCAGCUGAACUUCCCAGUCAGAUGAGUUUCUCCGACUGGCCCGAAAUGAAGGAAAAAUUUGCAUCUGUGUUUACACAGAAGACACAAGCCGAGUGGUGCAGCAUAUUUGAUGGUACCGAUGCCUGUGUGACCCCUGUUUUAUCCUUUGAUGAUGUUGCCUUCCAUCAGCAUAACAAACAAAGAGGUUCUUUUAUCAAAAAUGAUGAGGAAGAGAUAAGUCCUAGACCUGCUCCUCUUCUAUCAAGAACCCCUGCUGUUCCGUCGUUUAAAAGGGAUCCUUUUAUAGGAGAACACACAGAAGAGAUACUUCUAGAGUAUGGAUUUACUAAGCAAGAGAUUGCUAAACUUUAUUCUGAUAAAGUAAUAGAAUUUGGUGAUCCAAAAGCUAGUUUAUAAUCUCUAACUGUGCAGAUCAGGCAAAUUUCAGGCUGAUACAGUAAGUUUAUAUGCAUUAAAAUUGAAUUAUAUGACAAAUAA